GGGAGCUGUGAGGACUACAACGACCGGCGUCCUUCAGGUUGAGGCGGGUUUGCCCGUCCUUUGCCCGGCUUAUAACGUGUGCGGGAUGGAGAGGAAGGCCGAUUCCCGGGCAGAUAGCGGAUAAACGAGAGGUGCAGAAAUAUUUAGAGGGUGGUGGGAAGGUCUUGGAUCCCCCUUUUCCUCACAUGCUAAUAGGAUUUCGAGACUGGGCACAAUUUCUUGAGGCAAUGAUGGCUGUGCGAAAUGUGCUGGUGACAGGCUGCUCCUCUGGCAUUGGGCUGGCCCUGGCAGUGCGCCUGGCAAGAGAUGAGUUGAAACGAUUUCGAGUUUUUGCCACCAUGAGAAAUUUGGAGAAAAGUGAAGCCUUGAAGGAGCAAGUGGGGCCUGCCCUGGAUAAGAUGCUUGAAAUUAAAGAACUGGAUGUGACCAGUGAGGACUCCAUCAGGCGCUGCGUGAACAGCAUCCCCCAACGCAGGGUGGAUGUGCUGGUGAACAAUGCAGGAUUUGGCCUUAUUGGUCCAGUUGAAAGCCAGAGCAUGGCCUCAAUCCAAAACCUCUUCGACACCAACUUCUUUGGCUUGGUGCGCCUUAUCCAGGAAAUCUUCCCUGACAUGAAGCGGCGAAAGAGAGGGCAUAUUGUUGUGAUGAGCAGCGUCCUAGGCUUGCAAGGUCUUCUCUUCAAUGAUAUCUACUCUGCCUCCAAAUUUGCAGUGGAGGGUUUCUGCGAGAGCUUAGCCCUGCAGGCCCUAAAAUUUGGGAUCAGAAUCAGUUUGAUUGAGCCAGGACCAGUGUUAUCAGAGUUUGAGAGGAAGCUUUAUGAAGAGGCAGCAAGCAUGGAUCUCUCUGGUGUAGAUAAAGAGACACUAGAUAUAUUCCACAACUUCUACCUAGCCUACUCCAAAGAGGUCUUCACUGCACUGGGGCAGACUCCAGAAGAGGUGGCUGAGCAUGUGCUGAAAGUGAUCACCUCUGAGAAUCCUCCAUUGCGAUAUCAAACCAAUAGCUUCUACACACCCAUAACCACUCUGAAACAUGCGGACCCCAGUGGGAACCUGCCUCUCAAUACUUUUCAUCAAAUGAUCUUCCAACAUGAUCGGCUCUUCAAAGCCAGUCUCAGCCUCCUUAAAAUGCUCCAGUGGAGGAAGAGGCGAGAUAUGGACUAGAUUGCCCACAAGUAUAGAAGAUGCUAGCUGCCUCAGAGCCCUUUAUUUCCUAAUAGGCUUCUGAAAAGAGUCUGUUCAUUGGCUACAAGAUCAUACUUAUAGCUUACAGAUUUUUUUUUUUCGUAGUGCAGAAUGAGGUGACCCUGGCCUGAUUCAAUGUAUUUUGGGGGUGGGUCUUGCAUUGCUUUAAAGCAAUAAAUUAGAAUGAGAUAGUAUUUUUGAUCUGGGGGUUGCAAGGAGUGUCAUAUUUUUGGUGUUUCUUAUGUAACAUCUUUGAAUAAUACAUUUUUAAUAAGCUAUAAUAAUCAAAAAUGAAUCAAAAAUGUCACCCUGCAUUUGGUCCAAAGUGAUGUGAUCCAAAAUAGACCGUGUCAAUCUUCUACAGUACAGCCUUUUCCAAUCUUGGCAACUUCUGGAUGAGUGGACUUCGAAGUUCGCAGAAUUCUCAUCAAAGGUUAUCCUGGCUGAGGAAUUAUGAAAGUUGAACGGCUACUUUGGUAAAUAAUAGGGCCAGCACCCCAUCGAUUAUUUAUAAUGCUUAAUCUUUAAAAAAUGCACUGGGAGUCUGGGCUUCUACCUAAAUGCAUUCCCUACUGAACAUGUUUUCCAAUUCUUGAAGUCCAAUUAUUAGGACUUCGCUGAAGUUAGUUCUGAGAAUGAAAGAUGUAGUCAAAACAAUUCUUACCGCUAAAGAGAGCGAGUGCAUAUUUUAAA